AUGACCCGGACCCUCACUGUCCUUCUCUGUCUCGGAGUUCCCCCCAAACCCUCCAUCUGGGCUGACCCAGGCCCUAUCAUCAGCAAGGGGAGCCCUGUGACCAUCUGGUGCCAGGGGUCUCUGCAGGCGGAUGCCUACAUUCUAUAUAAAGAGAGGAGUUCUGAGCCCUCAGAUAGGAGCAUCCCACCGGCCUCCAGCAACAAGAUCGGGUUCCUCAUUCAGUCCAUGAGCUCACAGCACACAGGGCUGUACCAGUGUGAAUACAGCACUGGGGGCAGGCUGUCUGAGAGGAGUGAGCCCCUGCUCCUGGUGCUGACAGGAGAGCACAGCGCACCCUCCCUCUCAGCACUGCCAGGCCCUGUGGUGACCUCAGGAGGGAGAGUGUUUCUUCUGUGCAGCGCACAGUCCACACUGGACACUAUCCACCUGCUGAAAGAGGGAGGAGCUGAACCACCCCAACACAGGAAAUCAGAACAGAGAUCCUAUGAGAGGAGGUGGCAGGCUGUCUUCCCUUUUGGCCCCGUGAAGUCCUCCCAUGGGGGGACCUACAGAUGCUAUGGCUCCUCCAGCUCCACCCCCAAUGUGUGGUCACAGCCCAGUGCCCCUCUGCACCUCGAGGUCACAGGUGUGUACAGGGAGCCCUUCCUCUCAGCCCAGCCUGGCCCACUGCUUCUGCCUGGAGACAGCCUGACCCUCCAGUGUCACUCAGAGCCCGGCUUUGACAGAUUUGCUCUGACCAAGGACGAGGGUUCCACUCCCCUCCAGCAUCUCCAGGGGCAGCACAGCCCUAGCUUCCCCCUGGGCCAUGUGGACCUCACCCACGGGGGUCGGUACAGGUGCUACAGUGGACACAACAUCUCCUAUGUGUGGUCAGCCCCAAGUCCCCCGCUGGACAUCCUGAUUGCAGGAAAGGACAGCGAACCCUCCCUCUCGGCCCAUCCAGGGCCGUCAGUGUCCUUGGGAUCGAACGUGACCCUGCAGUGUCGAUCUGAGGUCAAGGCUGACACCUUCCACCUGCACAGGGAGGGGUCCCUGGAUCCUCCCCAGAAGCUUCGUCUGCAGAACACGGCUGCCCCCUCUCAGGCCAACUUCACCAUCAGCCAUGUGACCUGGGGCCACCAGGGGACCUAUAGGUGCUACAGCUCACGCAGCUCCUCCCCCUUCCAGCUGUCACAGCCCAGUGACCCCCUGGAGCUGGUGGUCUCAGGUCUCCAAUGGUCGCUGAACAUCCUGAUUGGGGUCUCGGGGGCCCUUGUCCUGCUGCUCUCCCUCCUCCUCUUCCUCUUCCUCCGACACCGGUGUCAGUGCAAAGUCAGGAUGUCAGCAGGUGCUGCCCUGAAGGACCCACAGCCUGGGGAGGGCCUGGAGCUGGACCCUCAGCACAACGGGCCCGAUGACAGUUCCAAACAAGUGACCUACGCCCAGGUGAACUGCAGAUCAAGACUCAGGCAGGGAGUGGCCACUUCUCCUUCCCCCCUGUCAGAGGAAUUGCUGGACAAGAAGGGCAGAGAAGCAGAAGAGGACAGAUAGAUGGACAGUCAGGCUGCUGCAGCUGAAGACCCCAAGGAUGUGACCUACACCCAGCUGACCCUCAUGACCUCCAGAUGGGAAACAAGUGCACCCCCUCACUCCCCAUCAGACCAGCCCCCAAAGAAGCCCAGUGUCUAUGCUACUCUGGCCGUCCACUAGCCCUGGAAGGACCUGGAUCCCACACUCCAGGGAGGGGGCCUGAAGGGUCCCCAAAAGGUACCAGAGCUGCCCCCUAAGGACACUCAGCAGGGCUCCAGCCAUCCAGGUGACCUGACACCCACCCCAGCAGCAUCUAGGACCCUCCGGGAGUCCCUUGAUGAUGCAUUCACAGAUAAGUCCUACCCAUACAGUUUGGAAUCAAAGCAACAGACUUCUCAAGAAUGUGUGUGUGUCCUGGCUGGUGCGGUUCAGUUGAUUGAGGGCUGGCCUGUGAACCAAAGGAUCACCAGUUCAAUUUCCAGUCAGGGCACAUGCCUGGGUUGUGGGCCAGGUCCCCAGUAAGGAGUGUGUGAGAAGCAACCACACACUGAUGUUUCUCUCCCUCUC